GAAGUGUAGAGCAGAAGCUCGAUCGGCAUGACUUUCUAUCGGGAGGAGCAGCAGGCCGCGAGUCCAGCAGAGAAAUGAAGUUUUUACAGGAGAAAUACCGCGUUUUUCUGCUGACAGGACCGCGCAGCUCUGCUUGAGACCGCUGGGUGGAGAAGCAGCCAUCAUGGCGAGUUAAUCAGGAGAAAAGCAUGUGUGUGUGAUUCGAUGAGGUCAUCGGCGGCAAUGAUGCAGCAGAAGCGCAACAUUCAGAUCAUCGAAUGGGAGGAUCUGGACAAGCGGAAGUUCUACUCUCUGGGCGUCUUCAUGACCAUGACCACACGGGCCGCCGUUUACCCGUUCACCCUGAUCCGCACCCGCCUGCAGGUCCAAAAGGGCAAAUCGCUCUACAACGGCACCUUUGACGCCUUCUGCAAAAUACUGAAGGUCGAAGGGGCACGUGGUCUUUACCGCGGCUUCAUGAUCAACACCUUCACGCUGAUCUCAGGUCAGGCCUACAUCACCACCUAUGAGCUGGUCAGGAAGUACGUCUCCUGGUAUUCGUCCAAUAACACUGUCAAGUCUCUGGUGGCGGGUGGCGCGGCUUCGCUGGUGGCGCAGAGCAUCACAGUGCCCAUCGAUGUGGUUUCCCAGCAGCUGAUGGUGCAGGGUCAGGGCUGCCAGCUCACGCGAUUCAAACUCAAACCCAAGAUGGCCAUGGCCACGGGCAAGCAUAAAUACACAUUCGGGCAGACCAGAGACAUUGUGGUGCAAAUUUUUCACGCUGACGGGUUUCGCGGGUUUUAUCGCGGAUAUGUGGCAUCGCUGCUGACGUACAUACCCAACAGCGCCGUCUGGUGGCCCUUUUAUCACUUUUACGGAGAGCAGCUCUCCAGACUGGCUCCUGCUGACUGUCCGCACCUCAUCCUACAGGCCAUUGCGGGACCGAUGGCUGCAGCUACAGCCUCCACCCUCACAAACCCUAUGGAUGUGGUGCGAGCCAGAGUACAGGUUGAAGGACGUUCGUCAGUGAUUGAGACGUUUAAGCAGCUAAUGGCUGAGGAGGGCAUCUGGGGUCUCACUAAGGGUCUCUCGGCACGCAUCAUUUCCUCCACACCCACAUCCAUCAUGAUUGUCAUCGGCUACGAGACACUAAAGAGACUCAGUCUGCGUCCUGAACUGGUGCACAGCAGACACUGGUGAAAAUACCUCAGCCUUUUAAAUGCCUUUUAUGACUUUCAGAUUUUUAUGAGGACCAGGCAAUAACCGGCGCUCAUCUGUGAAGUUCUAUUCUUCCUCUUUUGUGGAUUUUUGUAUAUUUUGUAAACGUUUCAUUUGGUUGUGCGCA